CUGGCCCAUUGUAGACGGUUGUAUUAAAGAGAGGCUUGUUACCGUCAAUACUCCAUUGCAUUGCGAACAUCCACCAAAAGACACCUCCCUCCCUCUCCCUCGUCAACAGCUGAUAGACGUAACGUUGUUUAUAGCGACGUCGACAACGGCGACAAAGCGCUUUCCAAGUUGUUGGCAGAUGAGGUGUUGACGAUUUAACAAAUAGUCUCAACGUGCCAUGCUAUAACACGAGGGAAGAUUGGCAGUUAUCACAACCUCCGUGGGAUAGCUGUCAUUGUCAACAUUCCCAGAUAGCCCUCGUGACGUGAAGGUGACGAAUUGACAAUUACAGGUAUAAGGUGGAAACCAAUUAAGGUGGUCACUUUAUGUAUGCGACUCAACUCGCGCGUCUCCUCCGCCGUCAUGAUGGACAGUGGUCAGUCACAGUGGGGCCGCACCAUGAACGUCGGCACCAACGCCACAGCACACGUUGCGGGGACGUACCCAACAUAUUGUCAGAAGCUCACCGUCAAAGAUCCCAACGGCAUGGUGAAGGAGCUAGUGUUCCCUAAAGCCCUGGACCUGGACCGUCCCAAGAGGGCGAGGACGACGUUCUCCUCGGAGCAGCUGUACAAGCUGGAGCAGGAGUUCCAGAGGAACCAGUACCUCGUGGGCAAGGAGCGGACAGAGCUCGCCAAGAGGCUCAAGUUGUCGGAGACUCAGGUGAAGGUCUGGUUCCAGAACCGCCGUACCAAGUACAAACGGGACCGGGAGCGGGAGGCGGAGGCGAAGGACUCAAAGGCGGAGACUGUAGCAACUCAGAACAUUCUACGACUGUUGCAAGCCACGCGCCAUUACCCAGUGACCCCCUGCCCCGCCCCCGUGCCACCCUCCUACCCCUACUUCCAGACAUACAUACACCAUGGCUUGUCUUAGGGAAAAUCCCGACAAGGUGUUUUUGAUGUGUAAGUGCGUGACUGGUUGGUUCUGACAGGGUGUUCAAGUGCUAAACAUGUGUUCAGACGGAUGACCUCAUUGUUCGUCACUGAUGAACAUAAGCUAUGGUACAGCUGAAACAGACACUCGUGUGCUUGAAGAA